UACAUAUACGCCGGCCAUACCUCCGACAAAGACGCGUUGUCCGAUGUCAGUUACAAUCUAGACUCAACGCGAUUCUGACUUGUCUUUUCAUUCGAGAAUUCGAUUUUUUUCUCGUGCAAUUUUACUAUACAUUCCGAAACGUAUAUAAAAUAAAAACGUAAACACAAAUACCGUAAACAUUACUUACACACAUCCCUCGCAAUCGUAAAUGUGUUCCGGGCGGUUUGUGCGUGAACAACAGUGACCGAGUGGCAGCACUCACUAUUGGAUUUUGACGAAUAAAAAUGACAAACAGAAAAUACAAGCUCUGCUUCCACUUUAAAUUGCUGCUCGUUGCCGUUAUAUUAGCAACAAUAUGCUCGUAUACGAAUUCCGAAACGAUCCGAAGAAGAAUGAGACGGCCCACUGGCAACAGACUGCAGCAAGACGCCGCAUCGAUUUCAGACUCAUCGGUGGCAGCGACUUCCACGUCCGUAGACAUGGAAACGUCUGCUUCGGUGAACAAGUUUAAAAUUCGCAACCGCGUGGCCACCAGAAAAUCGGGCACCGACGCUUCGACGGAAAAACACGUGUCUACGGCGAAAGAUAACCAGGACGAUGGCGGAUAUAAGAUUGUAUGCUACUACACAAAUUGGUCACAAUAUAGACCGAAAACUGGAAAAUACUUACCCGAAGAUAUCGACCCGGAUUUAUGCACACACGUCAUAUUUGCCUUCGGGUGGCUGAAAAAGGGACGUUUGUCUUCAUUCGAAUCAAACGAUGAGAGCAAAGACGGAAAGGUUGGAUUGUACGAUAGAAUAAAGAACCUGAAAAAAGCCAAUCCUAAGUUAAAGACCUUAUUAGCCUUAGGUGGUUGGUCAUUCGGCACACAAAAAUUUAAGGACAUGUCCGCUACUCGAUACGCAAGACAGACGUUUAUUUAUAGUGCCAUACCUUUCCUUCGUGCUCGCAGCUUCGACGGUUUGGAUCUGGACUGGGAGUAUCCGAAAGGACCCGAAGACAAGAAGAACUUUGUGCUUUUAUUGAAAGAACUCAGAGAAGCGUUUGAGGCCGAAGCACAAGAGGUGAAAAAACCUCGUUUGAUGUUAACUGCUGCUGUCCCAGUUGGCCCGGAUAACAUUAAAAGUGGUUACGAUGUUCCAGCUGUUUCUUCGUAUUUGGAUUUCAUCAAUGUAAUGGCGUACGAUUUUCACGGAAAGUGGGAAAGAGAAACUGGACACAACGCACCCUUAUACGCCCCGUCAUCUGAUUCCGAGUGGCGCAAACAAUUAAGCGUUGACAACGCCGCAUCCAUAUGGACUAAGAUGGGCGCGCCAAAAGAUAAGCUUGUCAUUGGUAUGCCAACUUAUGGCCGAACGUUCACUUUAACAAAUACGGCCAACUACAAAGUCAAUUCGCCAGCAUCAGGCGGGGGUAAAGCCGGAGAAUUUACGAAAGAAGCAGGAUUUUUAGCUUACUACGAGAUUUGCGAAAUACUUAGAAACGGUGCAACUUAUGUGUGGGACGAAGAAAUGAAAGUUCCCUAUGCUAUUAAUGGAGAUCAAUGGAUUGGAUUUGACGACGAGCGAUCGAUAAGGAACAAAAUGAAAUGGAUUAAAGACAACGAAUACGCAGGUGCUAUGGUAUGGACAGUGGACAUGGAUGAUUUUACCGGUAAUUUCUGUGGAGGUGAUGUGAAAUACCCGUUGAUUGGUGCCAUGAGAGAAGAGCUUAGAGGUAUAAAACGAGGCAAGGAAGACAUUGAUUGGUCAAAGGUAGCUAAUACUAUUACUGCGGAAACAAUUACAAAGCCAUCGCCAAUCAAGAUAAGUGUUAGUGAAGUACUAGCUAAAGUGAAACCGGGUAAAAUACAAGCUUCCACUGCAAUACAAACUGAUGUAGUUGACAUGAAUGUACGAGCGCCUCAAAUCAUGUGCUACAUGACGAGUUGGUCUAUUAAGAGACCCGGUGCUGGAAAGUUCACACCGGACAACAUUGAUCCGUCUUUGUGUACGCAUGUAAUUUAUGCAUUUGGAACGUUAAAAGAUUUCAAAUUGACAUUCAUUGACGAGAAAGAUACUGAACAAUACAAAGAAAUGAUGGCCCUUCGCGAGAAAAACGCUAAUCUUAAGGUUCUUUUGGCUAUCGGUGGUUGGGCGUUCGGAUCAACUCCUUUCAAAGAACUGACCGGAAAUGUUUUCCGCAUGAAUCAGUUUGUGUACGAAGCCAUUGAAUUCCUUAGAGAGCACAAAUUCAACGGUUUGGAUGUCGACUGGGAGUAUCCCCGAGGAUCGGACGAUAAGGCAGCUUACGUUAAUUUACUGAAAGAGUUGCGAUUAGCAUUUGAAGGAGAAUCAAAGAGCUCUGGUCUACCAAGACUGUUAUUGACUGCUGCAGUGCCAGCUAGUUUUGAAGCAAUUGCUGCUGGUUAUGAUGUAGUUGAAAUAUCCAAAUAUUUAGACUUCAUAAACGUGAUGACUUAUGAUUUCCACGGCCAAUGGGAACGUCAAGUAGGACAUAACAGUCCUCUGUAUCCUUUAGAAAGUGCCACGAGCUAUCAAAAAAAGCUUACUGUGGAUUAUAGUGCCAGAGAGUGGGUCAAACAAGGUGCUCCCAAAGAAAAGCUUAUGAUCGGAAUGCCCACUUACGGAAGAUCAUUUACUCUAGUCGAUCCGUCUAAGUUCGACAUCGGCGCUCCAGCAUCUGGCGGUGGUACAGCUGGAAAGUACACAUCAGAAGCUGGUUUUAUGGCAUACUACGAGGUGUGUGACUUUUUACACGUGGAAAAUACCACCCUUGUAUGGGAUAACGAACAACAAGUACCAUUUGCUUAUAGAAAAGAUCAAUGGAUCGGUUUUGACGACGAAAGAAGUCUAAAGACCAAGAUGAGUUGGUUGAAAGAAGAAGGAUUCGGUGGAGUUAUGAUAUGGUCCGUGGACAUGGAUGAUUAUCGUGGUGUUUGCGGUACCGGUAAAUAUCCGUUAAUCAAUGCUAUGAAGCAAGAACUUGCUGGUUACAAAGUUAAAUUGGAAUAUGAUGGCCCGUACGAGGCAACAGGAAGAAACGCAGUUUAUACGACCAAAGACCCGACAUCCGUGACGUGCGAAGAAGAAGACGGCCAUAUAUCUUAUCACCCGGACAAAGCGGACUGCACGAUGUACUACAUGUGCGAGGGCGAGAGGAAACAUCACAUGCCGUGCCCGUCGAAUUUAGUGUUCAACCCGAAAGAAAACGUAUGCGAUUGGCCGGAGAACGUCGAAGGUUGCAUGCAGCACACCCCAGCGCCGCCGACGUCCAAACGAUAAGUGUGUCAUCAAGUCCCAAAUCAUUAUUAUAUACUUAUUAUUAUUAUUAUUUUUUAUAUAUAUAUAUAUAGAUUUUUUUUUCUUGUAAAUAAUA